AUGCUCAAAGGAUUCAUUCAAAGGUACUUGCAGAAUUAUACGUAUAUCGGGAGAACCCAUCAUCUUUUGAAAGCUAUACUUCCGGAAAGUAAGGAGUACGUCUUACUACUUCGUAAAAGCCCUCUCCAGCAUGCUUUGUAUAGGAACUUUGUCAUGUAUGCCAACACAGAGAUUAGUACUGGAAAUACAACAGUCUUCAAUCCACUGAAGGCAUUUGCCGCUUGUUCAAAGAUCUGGAAUCAUCCUGACAUCCUUGCUCAAACGCUAGAGAAGAGGAGGGACGAUAAGAAGAAAUAUAAAGAUGUAGGUUGCAGCUGAUU